AUUGACGUGGACAGAGAGCCGUGACCACAUGACGCCCAUUUUUACAUUCGCACCUUUCAACGCAUCAUGGCACCCUCCAUGCCUCGCAGCAUGCAAGCCACGUUGGACGUGGCGCUGACCGUUGGGGCUGCAUUCACGUUCGCCACAGCGCUGGCCUUCAUGGCGUGGUGCAUGUUCGUCGCCCGCAAUGCUCAUCGGAUACAUCCAGAAGGCGGCAUCAUCGGCAAGACGAUGCCCCUGUCUCCUCGCUCAUGCAAAGACGUCGCAGGCGAUGCUAGCUUGAGCCACGGCCACCAUCAGCCCACAUCCGUUCACGUCAAGUACACACGAGACACGCUGCCCAUUGCACGGUCGUAUGUCGUUUACACAAUCGAGCUCAUGUACCCCAGCCACUCGAAAGUCGUGCUGGAGAAGCGAUACUCGGAGUUCGACCAUCUCGCCAUGGAGGUAAAGAAGCACGCGCGGGCCCUCCACGUGGACGUGCACGUGUCCCUGCCUCCCAAGACGCUGCUCUACAACUCGUCCGAAUCGUUCCUCGAACAUAGACGCCAUGGCUUGCAAGAGUUUCUACGAUACCUCACCCGCCAUCCCGUGUUGUCCCAUUUGGUGUGUGUCCGCGAGUUUUGCCGGCUCGACUAGAUGGAUUCAUGUAGAAGAAAUACAGUAGUUGUACAGUGAAAUAUAUUUAUGGCAUGUUGUCCCUAUUAAGAGUUGCAUGAUGCUCACACACACAUAUACUGUACAGUAGUAUUUGCACCUUGAACGAUCGAUCUACUGUAUGGAUAUGUGGGUAUACCGGUAUGUAUUGAAGAGGUUGUCGCCUAUGUGUGAAGGCCGAACGUGGCGGGCGGGCACCUCUACCAGUCAUCGCCAUGACAGCGAUCGAGUGUGACCUUGGCUGCCACCUUCUCGGCUGCACUGGUUUCGUAGUAGAUCGCCUCACCGAAUGAGGUCAUGCCGUCACCUCCACCACCGCCUAUUGUACUCGUCGGAAGUUGUUGCGGAAGUGAGCCAUCACAGCCGUUGGUUGUAGCUCGACGACAUGUGGAUGCAUCCAUACUUGGAGCAUGGCCGCAGGAAAAAGCGUCAAAAGUCAAUCAGCU